GUCCUUACUCUGUUUGAUAAUAAUUAUGCUGAACUACUUAGCAACAUGAACACCACACCCAGACUACCGUCAACCACUAUACAUGACCUUUUCUGCCAUUUCUCUGAGUCUUUUAAUCGAACACUUCAUCAGUUCUCCAAUUGUGAUACCCGCCCAUAUGCGAGUACACCUAAUCGAAUGUCUUGAUAGUUGGCAUUUUGAGCCGCAUAACCUGCCCGAGGAGGAAGUCCUAUUCCGCGCCCAAAUUUUGUUUGGAAGCCUAUUCCAAAUUGAAUACAUGCGCGAGGAUAUCGGUGUCUCCCUCGGUCAGUAUUACUCUUAUCUCCGUGUGGCGACUGUCUUAUCACACAUCGGGGGGUUUCAACAUUUUGCCUCUUGCAAGAUUUCAAUCAAAAGCAGGUCUAGACCUGGCUAGGGUAUUCCAGACCUAGCCUAGAGCGUUCCAGAGCACUCUAGAUUACCUUUCGAAUGUAAUUUCACUGGCGGCAAAAUGUGGUAAAAUGUCAGUUUCCCCGUUGUGUCACUGUGGUACAGUUGGAAAUGUUCAAAAGCGGGAAGUUUUGUUUGGAUCCAAAGCCCUUGCCAAACAACCGCCUGAUACAGCCUCACUGACCGU